UUGAUAGGAUCGUUAAAAUUGAAGUCAAGACCAUAAAAAAGGUCAUUUUUCUCUAGUAAAUUUGCCCUCGAAAUAGUGGACGAAAAUACCACGUGGCAGCGCUGCCGUCGACCUGACAAUGCGACUGGCUCGGGGGUGAAAUGGGGUUGAUUUGACCAGUAGCAUGUUGCCCUUCGUAACGUGAAUGUCGACGUUCGCGUGCAUCAUGACGUGUCUAAAAAUAAAACGUCAACGUAACGUUCGUUUCUGGUGUUGUUUGUCGUCCUUGUUCCUUUUCUGUGGUUGAUUAAUCAUUAACAUUUUGAAAUACAUUCGUCGAUAUUCCAAGAAAAAACUAUCGUCGAAAAGGUUUUCCUGAAUUUUUUGAAGAGAUCUUGUAAGAUGAUUGAUCAUUAUAUCAUAUCGAGUCGAGAUAAUACAAAAAAAAGACGAAACAGAUACGAAAAAGGGCGUGUAACAUUCAUGAAGAGAGUUCUAAUGUUCUUGAAGUCGAGGACACACGAAAAGAAUACUUUUACGUCCGCCUAAUUAUUUUAUCGAGACCGACGCGAGGAAGAAAAUAAGAAAAGAAAUAACGAGAGAAACGAAGGAAAUGAUGGACAAAGAAGAAGCAUCGAAGGGAAAAAUUCCCACGCCUUUAAACAUUAGCGAGGCGAUUGAGAAUGAAGUUUUGAAUGAGAAAAUGGCGCGAAUACUCAAAAACGAUCUUCUAUUGCACGAGGCCGUGAUAAAAAACGAAGCGGAAUCAGUCGCAAAGGUGCUGAAGGAAGAUGUCGACGUUGAUUCAAGAAAUAACUAUGGUCGUGCGCCUAUUCAUUGGGCGGCUUCGAGAGGGAACACGGAAAUCAUCGAGAUGCUGAUUCAAGCGAAAUGUGACAUUGAAGCGAAAGAUAAGUAUGGUAUGCGCCCAUUGCAUAUGGCUGCAUGGUACGGACACCAGGAUGCUGUGAAAGUUUUGAUCAAUGCUGGUGCUAAUGUUUCUGCAAUUAACAAGGAGAAAGAAAGUCGUCUUUUUUCUUUCUGUCUGUGUUUGUCACAGAAACAGUACACUUUACUAAUGUGUGGUGCUCGGGGCAACAACGUCAAUGUCGUGCAAUAUCUUGCGGAAGCCGUGGAAUCGUUGAACGGAGAUGCAAUGGAUUACACUGGUGCAACUGCUCUACAUCAUGCAGCUGUCGCCGGUCAUCCUGGCGUAAUAUCGGCGAUAUGUAACAUUCCACGAAUAGAAUUGAAUGCAACGGAUAAGAUAGGACAAACACCGAUACAUUGUGCUUGCUCGGAGGAACAUUUGGAAGCCGUGGAGGCUUUGAUUGGCUUAGGAGCGAACGUGAACGCUCAGGACAAUGAAGGAAAUACACCGCUUCAUGUAGCGACACGAAUGAGGCAGAUUGAAAUGGUUCAACUUCUAUUGAAAGCUGGGGCAAAUACCGAGUUGACCGAUCAGAUGGGUUUCACUCCGCUUCACCUAGCAGCGAGCCACGGUUGCAAGGGUAUCUUGGAUUCACUCAUACAAAAUGGUGCAAUUUUGAACAAACAGUGCAAGAAUGGAAAUACUGCAUUACAUUUGGCGUGCCAAAAUAAUGAGGUGGACACAGUGGAAAUAUUGAUAAACAAAGGUGUUGACCUUAAUUGCUUGAACUUGAGAAUGCAAUCACCGAUACACAUUGCAGCUGAAGUGGGACACACUGACAUAUGCGAGUUGUUGCUCGCGUCAGGUGCGAAUAUCGAGCAAAGAGAACAGAGUGGUCGAACACCGCUUUAUAUCGCAGCAAGGGGUAGUUUCACAGCUAUCGUCGAUAUGAUCAUUAAAACUGCACGAUUGGAUUACCCGACACCAGAGAAUUCAGAUUCGGAUAAGGAAGUUCGUGAAUUAACGCCAGCACGAAGACGUUGGAGAGAAGGUUCUCGGGGUGGAAGCGUGUGUAGUAGUAACAGUGCACUUACUGAACCAAUUCGAUCAGUUUUAUGGAAGCUGGCGUAUAAGCAGUUGGGACCAGAAGAUUGGAAGAAAUUGGCUCUACAUUGGGCUUUUAGUUAUGAGCAAAUUAAGGCUAUCGAACAUCAAUAUACUGUUGCGAUCGCAGGACCCUCGAGUUACAAGGAGCACGGAUUUCGGAUGUUGAUGAUUUGGGCCUCGGGAUUAAAUUCGGAAGCACCAUUGGUCAAAGAAUUGUGCGAGGCUUUGCAAGCCGUUGAUAAGAAGAGUGUCGCUGAUUCCAUUCGAAAGCAGACGAAUCUGGAAAAUGACGCAAAAUUGAAUUCGAACAAACAGAGUUGUCACGAAUGCUUGAUAGUAUGAAAAUCCUCCCUAUUCAAGAACUAUCAUGAUUGUUUUAAUAUAAUGAUCGAAUGUU